AUGAGGCGUUCUAGUCUGCGACCGCGGCAGAUCGACGUGCAUGCGCGAAUGAGCAUUAUACGGAAAGAGGAAGACCUCGAAGCAGAUGAUGAUAGUACAGCUGGUUCUUCCCAUCCUCAUGCAACAUUUCAACAGCUCGUAGCGAAUUUAGAAGCGCGUCAGAAAGCUGGAAUUCAGUCAAAACGUAAGAAGAAGGACAUUCCAAUCCCUUUAAUCUCUUCAGUAUCAUCCUAUGAUACUUCAGUAUCUGCAGACUUUCAAGUACCAACAUCUUACGUGAGAUUCCAAGCACUUCCACGAGAUGAGGAUUCAACUGGAUUAGAAGCAUCAAGUCCUGAGUCACAGGUUGUUGAAGUCGAUUUAGACCUGGAAGACAUGAAAUGGCUACGUUGUCACCCAAAAUACGGCGUAGACGGUGAUCCACGCUAUCAAAUAUCAAAGGAACGUUUUGGUCAAAUGCUCGAUGCACUAGAGAAAGCAUCGGCAUUGCUGAAUCCAAAUGUUAUGACACUGGCUGAGGCGGAGGAUGUUUUUGCAAGAAGACUGAACAUGCAUCGAACGCCAAUUAAUCGAGCCACUUGUGAUGUGUACGCGUACUGGGCAGCUAAGCGUCAAAAGUUACGUCGACCUCUAUUGCGGCGAUUUUGGCCAAAGACGCCACUGAACGAUACGAACCCACAUUCUGUGUUUCGACCGCGAGAAAAAGAACGCUAUAAACUUCGUAAGCAUCGUAAAAACGAUCUGGAAGGAUUUCGCAAGCUUCAACAACUGCGUGUAGACUUUGAGCGUGUGCGACGUGUGUUGAAUUUAGUACAGCGUCGAGAACGAGCAAAACGAUUACAGCUCGAUUUCUUGGAUGAGAUCCGACGCCAAGCGGAACAUGAGCUCACGCAUCGUGGACCAAAUGCGGUGGUGCGCAAGCCAGUGAUCCCAACAGAUGGAGAACGUGAGCAUCAGAAGAAGAAAAAGAAGAAAAUGAAACGAUAUCGCAAUGGUGAGAGUGACAGCUCGGGGAAUGGCGGUAUCUUAGUAUCAGGAGAUUUAAAGAAUGAAUCAGACGCUAGGGCGGCAGCUGCUGCGGUCGAAGGGCCGCAAAUCGCACCAACCUUUAUGGAAUACGACACAUCAGCUAACUUUGUGAUGGAGGACUCAACAGAUACGGACGGGAAUUUAGACGGCCCGGUGUACCCGUCGUACCCCCUGUCACCACCUCAGUUGAUGGCGGCGAUCUUCCAGCAGCCACCCAAAUAUCGAUGCCGAGGGCGUAUUGGUCGUGGUGGACGGUUGGUCAUGGAUCGAAUUCCGGUUCCGUCUUCUCGAUAUUAUGGCCCUACAGAGACGAUUGCGCCAACACUCAAGAUAAGUCCCUCAAUUAUUAGUGAGGCUUCGUCAGGAUCCAGAACGACUGAAAAUGGCGGGCCUAGCUUACCAAUUACAAACUCUGAGCUGGGUAAUUCUGCCAAUCACGGAGUUAUCCUUGUUCAAGAGUUGUCCGUUCAUCCUUUGAUGCACAAACUUAAUCAGGUUACGUCGAAGCGAUUAGACGACAUUUAUAGCAUGAGCGACAGCGAAGACGAGUUUCUGGAGCCUUUGUGUUCUACGGUAUAUGAGACACCGACAACGCGAAAGACGAUCAGCGGAGGGAAGGGUCUACAUAAUGUGCAUAUAGGGCCAAGUCGAAAGGUGAAAUUUACGCUAGAUAUGUAA